AUGGAGAGAGGGAAUGACACGGGGACGGGUUUCUUUCUCCUGGGGCUUUUCCCAGGGCUGUGGCAGCUUGGCACCCUCGUCACUUGUGUCCUUCUUGUCUAUAUCUUCGCCUUCACGGGGAACUUGGUCCUGGCACUCUUGAUCUGGGCCGACUCUCGCCUCCACACCCCCAUGUACAUCCUCCUCAGCCAGCUCUCUCUCAUUGACCUGGCCUUGAUCUCCACCACGGUGCCCAAGAUGGCCAUUAACUUCUUUUCAGGGAAGAAAGACAUCUCAAAAGCUGCUUGUGGGGCCCAGGUUUUCUUCUUCUUUACCCUUGGUGGUGGCGAGUGCCUGCUGCUGGCCCUCAUGUCUUAUGACCGCUACGUGGCCAUCUGCAGCCCCCUGCGUUAUCCAGCCAUCAUGAACUCCAGAGUUUGCCUGCAGAUGGCGCUGGUGUGCUGGGGCGGAGGGGCCCUGAAUUCCCUGGUCAACACCAUCUACACCAUGCAUUUCCCCUUCUGUGGCUCCAGGGAAAUCCACCACUUCUUCUGUGAGAUGCCGGCCAUCCUAAAGCUCUCCUGCGGAGACACCUCCCUCUACGAGACAGUGGUGUCCAUCAUCUGCAUCGUGUUUGUGCUUCUCCCCCUGGGAUUCAUCGUCUCUUCCUACAUCCUAAUCUUCCUCACCGUCCUGAGGAUGAACUCUCCAGAGGGCAGGAGGAAAGCCCUGGCCACCUGCUCCUCUCAUCUGGCUGUCGUCAGCCUCUACUAUGGGCCAGCCCUAGUCAUCUACAUGACCCCCCAGUCUGCCCACACUGCAGAACUGGACCAAGGGCUCUCCAUGAUCAACACCAUCUUCACCCCCCUGCUCAACCCCCUCAUCUACAGCCUGAGGAACAAGGAUGUGCUUACUGCACUGAGAAAGGUGGUGGGGCGAAGGGGCACUUUAAAUUGGACAUGA